CUUCUUCUUCUUCUUCUUCUUCUUCUUCUACAGCUCCUGUGGAGACACAGUCAGCCGCACGCGCCCUACUUGAGAUCGACGUUUUACGAAGACGGAGGACCGAGGAAAAAACACGACGGACCAUCACCCUGGUGACUCAACAACAAUCAACGCUCGUCACUACGCUCCUCUCAUGCUAACUGAGAAUGGAUGAGACUCGGGACGGGGUUCAGGUCGGAGAGAACAAGUUCAUCAGCAAGGCAACGGUUCUCUCACAUCUAAAAACAUACAACCUUUAUUACGAGGGACAGAAUCUGCAGCUGCGGCACAGAGAAGAAGAAGAGGAGCUGAUCGUGGAGGGCUUGUUAAAUAUCUUUUGGGGCCUGAGGCGACCAAUCAGGCUUCAGAUGCAGGACGACCACGAGCGAAUCCGACCGCCGCCUUCCUCCACGUCCUGGCACUCCGGUUGUAAUCUGGACAGUCAGGGUUCCCCCAACAACUCAGAGGGUCAGCAGACAGCACAGRCUCCGCCCACUGUGGAGGUGACGCCACCUGACAGCAAACCUGAAGACGAGGAUGUGACAGAAGAACACAGCGAUGAAGAAAAUGAGAGCUCUGCUCAGCUUCUAAGGACGAAAAGCGACGCAGGAGUUUUGCGACGAGGUCAGCGGAGGACGCCGAGUGACCAGAGAAAAAUCCGACGUCACAGAUUCUCCAUCAACGGUCACUUCUACAACCACAAGACAGCCGUGUUCACUCCGGCGUUCGGUUCGGUCACAAACGUCCGAAUCAACAGCUGCAUGACCACACCUCAGGUGCUGCGAGUUCUCCUCAACAAGUUCAAAAUCGAGAACAGCCCAGAUGAUUUCGCGCUCUACCUCGUCCACACGAGUGGAGAACGAGUGAAACUGAAGCGGACCGACUAUCCCCUGGUGCUCAGAAUAAUUCAGGGUCCGUGUGAGCAGGUCUGCAAAGUGUUCCUCAUGGAGGAAGACCUGGGUGAAGAAGUCACAUAUGAUGUGGCGCAAUAUAUCAAGUUUGAGAUGCCCGUCCUGCAGAGUUUCAUCACCAAGCUGAAGGAAGAAGAGGACAGAGAGGUGCAGAAACUCAGAAGAAGGUACAAUUACCUGCGGUGUAUAAUUGAAAAGCAGCUUCGUUGUCUUCCAGAAGGGGCAAAAUGUUUGUGAUCUGUUCAUGAYGAGGAUUUCCUCCCAACACACCAAAAUGUUACAAACUCUCACCCUCCCACCAGAGAGGCCAAGACAUCACAAACGACUUUACUCUGACUAUUUAAUGGAAAUAUAUCGACGAAACUUUAAAAAUGCUGAAUGUUUUCCUGUWAGCCGUGGUCAUCAGAGGUACGACGGUUCACACCGAGCCUUUGCCCUUCCUGCUUCCUGUUUAUCGUUGCACACAGACAGAACAAUGUUCCUGUUUCUCUGAGCGAUUUUUAACCUGUUUAUUUAUUAACGAGCCGAUYGAACCUGUCUUCCCAUUGGAUAAUAUCCUAAUCAAAUUAAAGCACAAAUGAAGAGUUAUAUAUGUUUUAU